AUGGCCACACUCCAGAAAUUCAAGCUCUUAGCCACCCAGUGCGCCGUCGCCGGCAGCCCCACUCGCAGCCCUACCACUAGCCCUGUCAUCCACCUCCGACGCCGCAAGACCCUCCGCAUGUUCCUCAGCCGCCCUGACCGCCGCCGAUUCGCUCGCUGCGAGGAAGCUCCUGUAGACCUCGCCGAUGAAGAUCCGACGGAAAUGAACGAAAAGGAGGUCAGAGUUCGACGGAAGCUCAAGGAUCUGUUUGUAUCUUCUCCGCCGCCGGUCGAUGAUGAAAAGAGGCGCCAAGAUGAAGAAAGGCGAGAGCAGGACGGAUUCUCGCCGGCGAUAGCGAAUUCCGGCCUCAGCAGCAGAUUCCGAACGGGUUCGGCAUUCCGACGUGGCGGAACCACAUCUCUCAGACCUGUCUCAUCGGCGUUCCGAUAUAGAUUCCUCAAGAGAGCUUGGCGACCUGUGCUCGUCACUAUCCCUGAGUAG